GUUUCCGGCGUGGGUGGUGCGGCGGAAGCUGCCGGGGUAGUGUGUGUGCCCCACGAGGAGGGCCGCGGAGAAUGCGGCCAUGGCCUCUCUGCUCGCUAAGGACGCCUACCUGCAGGGCCUGGCCAGGAAAAUCUGCCGUCAGCCCAGCCCGGAGCCGCAGAAACGCAAGUCCGCCAGCAAAACUCAAGGCUCAGAAGCUGCUGGGCCCCCAAAAAAGAAGAGGAAGAAAGCGCAGAAGAAAUCCCGGGAGCGGGAAAAGGCUGUGGACCUGAAGACCCAGGCUCUAGGGGAAAAGUCUCCAGCAUCUUCCAGGAACAAAAAGCCAGCAGUACCUGAGGAGGGAGAGGCCUUCAGCUCCAUGGGAUCUCCAGCAGAUGGGGAUGUGGAGCAGGGCCAGCUGAGAUCAGAUACUCUGGUCACAGAACUUGACUCCCUGUUUGCCCUGGAUGUUGUGCGGCAGCGGCUACAUGAAAAAAUGCGGGAGGCCCGGGGCCAGGGACACAACACGGAGCUGUCUCCUGCCGCUUUGGAGAAGAGAUGGCGGAGAAAGCAGGAGCGGGACCGGAAAAAGAGGAAACGAAGGGAGUUGAGGGCAAAGGAGAAGGUGGCAAAGGCUGCGGAGGCUGCCAAGCCACCCCAUGAGCUGCCCCAUGAGCAGCCCCACGAGGAGGUGCAGCCGGGGCUGCUCUUCAAUAAGGUGGAGGUGACCGAGGAGCAAGCAGCCAGCAGGGCCCAGCGCCGGAAGGAGAAGAGGCAGAAGCUGAAGGGGAACCUGGCGCCGCUGACGGGCCGGAACUACCGGCAGCUGCUGGAGCGCCUGCAGGCACGGCAGGCUCGGCUGGAAGAGCUGCGGGACCGGGAUGAGGGGAAGGCGCGGGAGCUGGAGAGCAAGAUGCAGUGGACCAACCUGCUGUACAAGGCCGAGGGCGUGCGCAUCCGUGACGACGAGCACCUGCUGCAGGAGGCCCUGAAGCGCAAGGAGAAGCGGCAUGAGCAGCGGAAGCGCAGGUGGGAGAAGCGCACGGCCCAAGUGGUUGAGAAGAUGCAGCAACGGCAGGACAAGCGGCGGCAGAACCUGCGCAAGAAGAAGGUGGCCCGGGCUGAGCGGCGCCUAGAGAAGGCCCGCAAGAAGGGCCGGAUCCUGCCCCAGGACCUGGAGCGGGCCGGCCUGGCGUGAGGGCCUGUAGCCCGGGCGCCCAGACCUGUCCCUGACCUGGGACUGCGCUCCCACCUCGUGUGACCGCGGCCAGGAGCUCAGUCUUUGUGGUCUAGGCUCCUGGGAAGUGGUGGGGGGUUCCGUGGGCUCACCCUGCAAGCUGGUUGUGAGGGCUCCGCUCCCAUGUAAGAAAGAAAGGGAGCGCUGUUGAGAAUGGAGAAAUAGAUCUUCAGAGCCUGGAAAGAGGUGACCGGGUCCAGGUUCCAGCCUUCUCUUGGGAGGCCGCAGAGCUCCCCAGAAGUUUGCAGGGUGAGGGAUGUGUGGAGCGCGUGAGGGUUCUGGUGGGGGCACUCCACUGGCUCCUUCUUCUCCUCCUGGCUUGACAGGAGCUGGGAAAGAAUGGCCUUUGGGACUAUCCAGGUCAGUCCAAAACUCACCUGGAAAGAAGGAAACUCAGAAUUGCUGUAGCCCAGUCCAAGGUGGCAUUGGCCUCAGGUGACUGGCAGAGGGUGGAGCCAACCUUGGGUGUGACUGGGAGGGAGUUAUCCUGAGUUGAUUUGUAAGAGGAGCAAAAAUUAGAGCUUAAGGUAAACACCCGCCUGAAAAGAGUUAAGAUGCCUGCUGGAGGCUGCCUCAGGGGCUCAGAGAUUCAAGCGCACCUGACUCUUGGUUUUGGCUCAGAUCCUGAUCUCAGGGUCUUCUGAUGGAGCCCCACAUCAGGCUCCACCCUUAGCGUGGAGUCUGCUUGAAAUUCUGUCUUGCUUUCCCUCUGCUCUUCCUGCUCCUGCUGUUUCUCUAAAAUAAAUCUUUAGUGGAAAAAAAGAGAUGUGGGUUGGAAGUUCAGCACAGUGUGCGCCAUGCUGGGAGGAAGGGGGAGACGGGGUGGGCUGGAGGACGUCAGUCCAGGAGAAGGCAGGAGACAAGGAAGGCUAGAAGCUAGGACUCAGUGAGGCGAUGGAAGAUGCCCAGUGAGGGGGUGGAAUUCCACGCACACCUGCGGGCAGGCAGACCCGCUGCAGACGCACAGGACCCCGGGGGGGAUUUCAUGGCUCCUGAGUAAUAAUUCAGUAAAGCCGUCAAUAACUGUUUGACUGAGUUCCAGUUAAACACACCGUAACAGAAAGGCUGGCGAGGCUGUACCGGACAGAGUGGACCUGAGGAUAAACAGCACUGCGGAGGGGAAAGUAGAUCACUGCGGGAUGGAGGGGCUCCACGCCACCUGCAGGCAGAGCGAUUCUGACGCCCCCAGUGAUGGAGCUGCAAGUCUCCCAGGGGAAAUCUGCUCACAGACAAGAGCAGAGGAUUUCUGGUGCCUCUCUUAGGCCUAGAAACACCCGGCAGAACUCCGGUGGAUAAGGAAGGUCUAGAUGAGAGUUGAUGAGCUUGUCUAAGGACACAGAGCGGUGUGUCUGGAAACAAGGUGCAGACUCUCCACCCGCAUCUGGAGCAGCAACGAGAACUGACCGCCUGGUCCAUGAAGCAAGGUUUCCGUUUCAAGGAAUCGGUGUCCUACCAGGGGUGUUGUCUGGCCACGGCAUGAUCUAGUUGUUAUAGUUGAGGCGUGAUUGUAGAAGUUUCAUAUUCAGAAGUUUAAAAACAUACUUCUGAGUUACCUGUGUGUCAUUGUGGGAGAUGGAACCUAACUCCCAAGUGUCAGCACUGAAAAUGCCCUGAAUCACCUUCUCGGCCUCCCCAGGCCUGGCCAGUCACCCCCUCCUUGGCCCAGAGCUUCAGGGCUGCUGGUGUGUGGGGCAGGGCAGCACAUGAUGUGUUCUGGGGUAGGGGGGCAACACAAGCAGCUCAUCCAGGGGCAUUAGUGGACGAUAGCACAUGGACAAUAGAGAAGAAAACAUUUCCAGAACCAAAUGGUGGUAGGCCCCAGUUUCAAAGGUACCCCCCGCUCGGGCAGAGGGAAACGGAUGAAGAUUGCCCUAACCAGAACCCCUCCUGCACAGGAACUGGGGUUCCAACAGUCCCAAAGAUUGUGGUAGUAUGAAAAGUAAUACAGGGAAAGCUCACUAAAACAGAGUCAGGAGGCCAGAAAGAGGAGCUCUCGUGCACUGUGUCACCCAGAGUCAGUUCCAGAAAGAACCGUCACACACCCCAGCAGAAGUAUCCUCCACAGGAGAGAAUCAGGACUACAGACCCAACAGAAGGAUGGACGCUUCAUCUCCUGUGAGAAAUCCACGACUCCAGCAACUCAGCCAUUGAGAAACUGCCCUCGCCCUGAACUCCUGCUCUUGCCCAGUGGACGUCGGUUCAGGACAGCCCCUUCUAACUUUCUCCUCAUAAAAUAACACUUCUUUCUUUGUUGGAGUUGUCUGUGGUUUUACUUAGCUUGUAUGUCCUGAAUUGCAAUUCUCUGCUAUUCCCAAAUAAACCCAUUUUGUUGGUCAAGUACCGGCGGUUUUAAGGUCAGCAGUAGUCUCCUUUUGGCCCUGGCUCUUUGGGUGGGGCUCAGAAGAAGGAUCCCAGCCAGCCUUCCUUCGUGUUUGGGGCCCCAGGACUUGAACUAAUGCAUGUUUAGAAAUUCAGUGAGGGGCUGUGACCAAUCAGGUAGCUCAAGUGAGGCUUCUGUUCACCAGACCUGGGGUUGGGGGUCAGAGAGAGGGGUCUCCAGACCCCGGUUGGUCGUCCCAUCCAGUUCACUGCACUAGUCUGGCAGGAAGUCACAGGAAGCUUGCAUACAUGGCCUGUGGAAAUAACACUUUGCUGCGUGUUCUCUGCUCUUGGGUUGUGACACCUGUGUUGGCCCUGGGAGCUCAGUUAUGGUCUCCUACCAGCGUUCCAGGUUCAGAGAAGAGCCACCGUGCUGCUUUUCCAGGAUGUCUGAGCCCUGCAUGUGGCAAAGGUGUGUCUUCUGGAUCUGCCCCUGGCCAUCUGUUGGUGGAUGAGCAGGUAACAUGGUUUCUGCAGAAAGAGUGCCAACUUCUGGCUGUGCAGGUCCCUGCUCUUUGCUGCUCUCCUGGGCUUCUUCAGGCACUGAGCAAAAUGCUGAUGGACAUUCUUGUACCUUCUCUCGACAACCUAUAAGAUAUGCAUUAUUAUCCCCUGAGAAACCGAGGCUCCAGAGGUCCAGGUGACACCCAGAUUCCAAGGUAGGAAGUGGCCAGGUCAAGAUGCAGACCCUUCCAAACCCACUUCCCAGGCUCCUGUGCAUCUCAUCUCAGGGCUGACAGUCCAGCCAGUGCAUAAUUUGGAAAACGAUGUUCUUGUGCGGUUGGACAAAUCAACACAUUGACCUAGGCAGGUGUUUACUGAACCUGGUGCUCCAGGGGUGGGUGGGGGGUGUGGACAUGUCGCUGUCAAUGGGACAGCCCCCUGUCCUGAACAGUGUCAGGUCUGGAAGGGGGAGUAGGCAGGGGAUAGGCUGUCACGCGAGUGGAUACAGGGUUUCCUGGAUCUCCUGGGUGGAAGACCCCCCUUGACCUCCCAGAGUUGGAGACGCGCUGGGGCUUCACAGAGCAAGUCUGCUCUAAGCAACAAGUGCAGCCCCUUAUAUAUGGAGCAGAGACGGGGGCUGGGGCGGGGCGUGACAUUGCAGGUGGUCUCUGCCCACUACGUGGGGGCUGCCGACCUGCAGAGGCACCUCCCGAGCUGCCGUGCUGGCCUCCCGGGGCCCGGCCCCACUCCAGAGCUUGCCUGUGUCGUGCUGUGGGCCACGGGGCUGAGCUGGCUCCACGGGCUGUCCCGUAGAUGAGCCCGGCUCCACCUGACUUUGUGCAGCAGGAGAACGCCGUUCUCUGAACGCAGCCCGCCCCAAAGUCUGAUUCUGAGAACGUGUCCUCACCUUGCGUGAAAGUAUUCUUCCUCGUAUCAUAAGGACCCCAGGGAGCACCGAGAGUCUGUGGCACCUUCCGUGUCAUGCCUUCGAGUAUGUGGAGCCCCCUGUCACCGUGCCCUGCAGCUUCCCGCUGUGACCCAGUCUGAAGCCCCUCACCCCGUCUGGCCCGACCGUCUGCUACACUCAGGUGCCCAGAGUGGCGGCCCGACGGCUCUGGGGUUGGGCGUGAGGGGUCUGGUGUGGGAGGUUGGCGUUCGGGGGUCAGGGGUCAGGGGUCGGGGUUCUGGCCUCUAUUCUCGAUCUAGAUCCCGUGGUUCUUUUGACUUACUCAUCCAGCACCCUCUUCCUCUGCAUUGUUCUGUGUUUACAUCUCAUUUUAUCUUCUUUUCCCCUCAUUUUGACAUACCUUGGAUUGCCUUUUUAAUUUUUUUAGACUGAUAAAUAUUCAGAACCCAAAAGAUUCAUCUGAUUAUUUUCUUCUUGGUAUAAAUUUUCUUUUAGAGCAGAUUAUUUUUCCCCUUGGACGUUGCCUCCUCACGUGCUCCUUUCAUAAAAUUUUUGUGGAUGUAGAAUUUUUACAUGUUUUGUUUGAGUAUAACUUAAAAAUCCCAUCCUGAUGUGAGUAAGCCUAUAUGAGCACCUUCGGCACUUUUCAAAAGCUCACAAUAGGAGCUCUUUCUUCAAAUGAACAUUUAAAUUUUAAAAGAUGACCUCAAUGUGCAAAGAGUGAUUUAAAAAAUCUCUCGCUGCCUUUUGUUUUGUUUUGUUUUAAUUGACACAAACCAGGAUAAGUCCUAGGACAGAAUUCAUUGAUGGGCAAAAUUACCUUCUAAUUUGGCAAGAGGAAGAAGUCCCCCACAGACGGAGCCCUAGACUUAGCCACAUCGCGUUUUUGGCUCCCCAGGGUUCUGCCGCCAGGCUCCUAGGGCUGUCGACACCUCUUCUGUCUGGUCUGUGCCCAUCGGGGCCCCUCCUUCCUCACCAGUGCCUGCUGGAGAGUGGUGUCACCAGGAGAGGUGGUACCUACAGGGGUGAAGCCGGGGAGGGGCCAUGACGUGAAGUCUGUUCUGGACGAUUUGAGUUUGAGGAGCCUGCGGACCUCCAGGGAGCGGUCUGCGUGGAAAGAGGGAAUGUGAGCAAUGUUUUCAGCCUGAUUCCCGGAUGGGGGCAGAGAAGAGAGUCUCAAAGCCAGGAUGACCGCUGCGUGGUCCCACAGCAGAUGCUUGAGACAAAGCAGUUCAGUGGAAGCAACUGCCACCUGGGCACCUGCAGAGUACCUGAGGUACCCAGGAUGGUUUACGCCAAGGCCCAGGUCCUCAAGCCCACGUGAGUGCGCAAGUCCCUGCCUCGGCCCGUGGUGGCUCCCUGUCCCCGAGGCCUCAGGCUUUCCUUUCUCUCGCUCCUGUCCAGGGCUGCAACCUUUCUGUGCCUUUUCUCUUCCUUCUUGCACCAUCUUGCCGUGACCGGGCUCAUUUUUAAUGGGUCUGGCGCCACGGAGGGCGCCUCUGACUCUUGGUCCCGGGGGCCACGGAUGUCCAUAGAAGGCACAGAAGCCUCUCUUAUCUCUUCAUGGGGACGGACGACAGCGGUCUGGGCUGGCUUGGCCCCGAGGUCUUUCUGCGGCUGCUGAUGUCACAGGGACCACGGUUCCGAGCCGGUGCCCACAAGUCAGGCCUCCGGAGCCAGCGCCCCCGCCUCCUGCUUGUUCUGCCCAAGACCCAGUGGCAGCCCGUAUCUGUGGCCUCAGACAGCAAGGUCACCCAGAGGCCUCUCUGAUCAGUUGUACAAGCAGGGAAACUGAGGCUCAGAGAAGUGGAGGUACUUGCCUGAGGCCCCGCAACUGGGGCGGGACAGGUCGGGAUCCAGCCCAGGCCAUACCUCCCGGCCAGGAGAGCUGGAAAUGCUGUCGUUUCUGAAACCAGAACGCGCAUCUCCUUGAAGUUCUAGAGCCACCAGCCACGGGAGGCCACGAGCACUCGACAUGUGACCACUCUGGAGUGAGAUGUGCUGUCAGUGGGAAACACACUGGAUUUAAAGCACUUAGUCCCCCCAAAUGUAAAAUAUCCCCCCAAAUGUAAAAUAUCCCGCUUGCUGGAAAGGGGCUUAGUUCUUGCCUCACUGAGCUAGAGCUCCUCCAGGGAAACAGCGCUGGUGGCCUCCUAGAAGGAGUGUCCGUGGGCCCAGCACCCGGCUGGUGGGGAGGAGACACUCGAAGCGAGGGCAGCGAGGGAAUGGGAGUGUCAGGGCUCAGGUGCUGAGCUGAUGGAGCAAAGAGCACCGGAUGGGGAGUCUGGCAUCCUGUCUGCUUCUCGCUCUGCUGCUCCCAGACUGUGAGCCUUUGGACAAAUGCUUCCCUUCCGUGGCCCACGUGUCCACGCCCCGCUCUAACACGGUGUGCCUCGUUUUCCCCAGGAGGGCUGACGUGCUGGUCAUGACCCCCUGGUUUGCUCCCAUCAUCUGGGACGGAGUCUUUGACUCUACCAUUCUGGACGCGCAAUUCCAAAAUGCCACCAUCGGGCUGACCGUGUUUGCCAUCAAAAAGAAGAACACAAUGCUGCUCACUUCGCCCCAUGGCCUUCCUCCUGAUAACGCUCGUCUGGGUCCUCUUCGGGGAAGAAACGUGGAUCCCGGGCCGGACCUUGCACGCAGCCGCGGCAGCAGGGAACAGAGCUGUCCCCCACGCCAGCACCCCCAUUGUCAUGACAGGACUGAUGAGCUGCCCCUCCACACACACCCUCCCACUGAACCCCAGCUUGUGGGGAGCUGCCGUGCUGUUAGCUUCCAGAGGGAGAAGAUUCUAGAACUAUGGAGUAAAGGCCCGCGGCUGCUCUCCUGGGGGCUGGGGACACGGCUGGACCCGCUCCCUGGGUCAGCCUCAGCUGUGCUGUCCACACAGGGCCCCCCCGGCUGCGUGGGGAGCUUACGUGGAGCACUGUUCGCAGUGACGCCCUCCUGCCACCUCUGUGGAUGGGAUGAGUCCCCGGGCUCUGGGGACAAUUGCCCCCGGCCCUGCCCAAGCCCCUGCAGCUGCGCCACGGAGCUCUGGGCUCCCCGCGGGGGGCCCUGCUCCUGCUUUGCACGGGGAUGGACGGACAGCCAUCCCUGGCCCACCCUCCUCAGCAGUGGCCUUUGGUGGCUCUUUCCACAGCCCUGGCUGCCGGAGCCUGAGAAGCGUGAUGCUAGGGGUCAGGGAAGCGGGGGCCGGGUAAGUGGGGUGAAGGCAGGGUCACGAUGCCUGACAGCCUCGGGGACUGGCUGUGUGCCGGGGGGCAGCGGGGGCUGCUUCACGGGCUGGCCCCGCACCUGGGCUGACGCAUCGGUGAUCUGAGCCUCAGUCUCUUCCACCCCACUCUGCCCAGAGUGGCCAGGCCACUUCCAUGACGAGUCCCCUGGGAGGACGGACCCCUACCUGUCUGGCUUCAGCCUCGACCUCUCCUCUGACCUCCCAUCUCCUGCCUCCAGGGUCACCUGUUUGUCCCACCGUGACCCCCUGCUCCUGCCCCGCUCCUUCUCUCAAGUCCCUGAUUUAGGGAAAGGCCUCGCCUUCCCCCAGCCCAACCUGGAAGCCUGGCAAUCCUCCUUGCCUCCCCCCCCCCCGCCCCCCACACUGCUCCGAACAGGCCUGCCUCUCCUGCCUCUAGGUACCUGUCUAUCCCCAUGGAGUAUCUGCGCUCCCUGCCCUGCUCUAGGGGAGGCCCUGCCAUCUUUCCGGCAGCUUCCAAGAUGUCUCCCUGUCCUCUGCUGCACAGAGCCCAUCCUCCUCCUGGAGCCAGAGUGAUCUUUCCGGGACAAACCUACGAGCCCCUCUGGGGUCUGUUCCCCUAGAGUCAGCCACCUGCUGUGGGUCACAAACCGCCCAGUUCAUGGUGUGAGACGUCCCAGCCACUGACCCCCACAUCUCCCCAUAUCCUGGGGGUGACUAGGCUCAGCUGGGCAGUUCUGGCCCAGGCCUGUCCCGUGAGUGUAGACGGACGGUACCGGGCUCAGGGGCAGCUUGAAGGCGUCCUCCCAUUUUGCGGGUGGACGCUGGCUCUGGCCUGAGACCCCGGCUGGGGCCUGCCCUCGGCCUGUGCUCUUUCUCAGCCUGUUCGGCGGUUCCGUGAUCAGUGUCUCCAAGACACACAGGGCUGCGUGGCCCUUGAUGAAGUGGCUUCAGAGGACCCACAGCACCUGCACCACCGCACAGGAUUUGUUAGACCCUCAAGAGCAAGCAGCUGGGUGCAGAGCCUGGGGAGGGAGCCCCCCUGGGUGGGAGGGGCCUCAGGUGCCAACACGGUCUGGAACCAGCAGCUGCUUGGUCUCAGCUCAGGAGCGCGUGCAGACACGGGGGUGCAGCCUGUGGGGACGGUUCCUCCUGGAAGGACCCAGAAGCUCAGGCACCUGCAGCAGCUCCCCAGCCCCACUGACUGGGCGCAGCCACAUCCCUGCAAACUCACAUCACGCUGUGUGAUUUUCAGGAUGCUUUACCCCCAGCCCAAGGUGCUAACACCCGUGUGAGCACAUUCACUGAAGUCUCCCCCCCUCCCCUUCCCUCUCUUCCCCUCCCUUUCUCAAACUUAGGGAAAUUUAAGGUAGACACGGAAGGGCGGGCUGAUUGAAAACUCAGCGGGUGCACGAUUGCCAGAUUCUUUUCCUCUCCCUGUUUCUGAGAUCUGGAUUUGGGGCCCACAGAUUAUUCUGUCCUUUUCUCCUGUGCCUUGCAUUUCCUGCUUUCUGUCCCUUGCCCCCCAAAGAAUGUGUAAGGGGGGCUUGCUCCCUCCCGGGGGAGGGCCCCCUGGCCUUGCUGGGAAAUCCCAGCUCCCACUCUGAGGUCCAGCAGGGACCAGGUUUGCUUAGAGCUGGGAGGGAUUUGCACAGGUUUGCGUUUGGGUUUCUUGCAAGUGUGAAGUCCUUCUGGAAGGAGGGUGCACCUGGUGGGUCCCUGAAGGCAUGGGGGGGAGGGGGAGGUCCCGGGGGGCUGGUGAGCACCAGGGCCCUUGGUGCGCUCACCCUCCUCCCAGCUCGCAUUUGCCGUGCUGCUCUCUUGUGUCCCAGGAGGAACGAUGUCCUUGUCCUCACCUCUUGGCUGGCCCCCAUCAUCUGGGAAGGGACCUGCAACACUGACAUCCUGAAUGAGCAGUUCUAGCUCUGGAACUUCACCAUCGGACUACCGGUGUUUGCUAUCAAAAACUACGUGGUCUUCCUGGAGCUGUUCCUGCAGAUGGCGGAGAAGCAGUUCACGGUGGGACACAGGGUCACCUACUACGUCUUCACCGGCUGGCCGGCUGCCGUGCCCCGUGUGCCGCUCUGGGAGGGCCGGAGGGUGGUGGUCUUCGAGGUCCCCGGAGCCCCGUGCUGGCAGGAUGUGUCCGUGCACCGCAUGGAGAUGAUCAGCAACUUCUCGCAGCGGCUCUCCCUCCGCAAGUUGGACUACCUGGUGUGCAUGUAGUGGACAUGAAGUUCAGCGACCAUGUGGGGGUGGAGAUUCUGCCCCCCUCUUCGGCACCCUGCACCCCGGUUUCUACAGGGCAGCCCAUGAGGACUUCAGCUACGAGUGCUGGACGUGGUCCCAGGGGCCAUCCCCAGGGCCCAGAGUGACUUUUACUACGCAGGAGGCUUUUCUGGGGGUUCAGUGGUGGAGGUUCCCGACUGACCUCAGCCUGUCACCAGGCGAUGGUGGUCGACUGGGCCAGUGGGAUCGAGGCCGUGUGGCACGACGAGAGCCACCUGAACAGGUACCUUCUCUACCCCAAGCCCACCAAGGUGCUGUCCCCAGAGUACCUGUGGGACCCGCAGCUGCUGGGCUGGCCCCGGGUCAUGAGGAAGCUGAGAUUCGUGGCCGUGCCCAAGAAUCACCGAGACAUCCGGGACUCGUAAGGGGCUGACCCCGACUCCGUCAGGUGGUGCCACCCCGAGCAGAGCCGUCAGAGCAGAUUCCUACCUCUGUCCCCUCAAGGGAGACUGUGGAGCCCAGCACUGCCCACACGGCCGUGUUCAGGGCCCCCAGCGCCCCCCCUCACAGGAGGCCUGCCUGGGGGUCCAAGUUCCUCUCUUUGUGGUCGGUGCGUUUGGAUCACUUAUGCAUCAUUUGCAGCUGUGAAGGCCUCCAACUCUUAUGUCGGAUGUUUUUCUGUGUCAAUGCUGAGCAAACAUUUUAUUUUUUUUAA